CCUGUCCGUCCGCAAUUGCGUCCCCCCGGGAAGCCGCCGCGUCUUUGGCGGGCCGGCUGGAUGAGCCAAGCGUGGCGGAGGGCCGAGGGCGGAGGCCGGAUGGAAGGCGCCGCGCGGGGAGAUGAUGAAUCCAGCAACCAUGGAUCCCACAAGAAGAAGCACAAGAAGCACAAGAAGAAGCACAAGAAGAGGCAUCACCGCGAGGAGGCGGGCAUGCCGGCCGUGGAGCCCCUGGCUGCCCUGCCCAAGCCUCAGCUGAAGCUCAAGAUCAAGCUUGGAGGACAGAUCUUGGGCACUAAGAGUGUGCCAACCUUCACCGUCAUUCCCGAGAGGCCGCGCUCUCCCUCCCCACUGAUGGUUGUGGAUGAUGAAGAUGAGCCGAUGGAAGGGGUGCCCAUUGAACAAUAUCGUGCAUGGCUGGAUGAGGACAGUAACCUGGAGCCGUCUCCCCUGCCGGAACUCGAUACUGAGGAGCAGCGCUGGCUGGAUGCCCUGGAGCGCGGGGAACUGGAUGACAACGGGGAGCUCAAGAAGGAGGUGGACGAAUCCCUGCUCACAGCCAGGCAGAAAGCCCUCCUGCACAAGCAACAGAGCCAGCCGCUGCUGGAGCUUCCGAUGGGCUACAAGGCCAAGGAGCUGACGGAGGAGAUGCUGGUGAAGCGAGAGGAACGCGCUCGCAAGCGGCGCCUCCAGGCGGCCAAGAAGGCGGAGGAGAACAAGAACCAAACCAUUGAGCGCCUCACCAAGACCAGCAAGGCCAAGGUGAAAACUCUGCGGGAGCGGAAGGCCAGAGCGGCGGCCGCCCCGAUGGUCUCCUACCGCAACGCUGCCGGCGGGAUUACGGUCUCCUUCCCUCUGGGGGUCCCUGCACCUCUGCUGCCCUCCCUCCCGCCUGCUGUGCCUCUGCCCACCCCCUGCGGAGUCGGUGGGUGCCCCAACCUCAAGCGGUACUCCUGCUCCCUCACUGGGGUGCCGCUCUGCAGCCUGGCCUGCUACAAGAAGAACUUGCUGCUCCAGCAGGUGGCAGCCUAAGCACCAGCAUCCUUGUGUGCCUGGAACUCCUCUAGGAAUGCCACCUCUGUGAUCCAAAGGAGCAUGCGGCAGACCUUCACCCCCACCCCUCAGGUGGAGAUGGGUUCAGGCAGGCUGUUUCUCCAAGCUGUGGGAUGGCGCUGAAGAUGCUUGUGUCUCUGUAGUGAUGGUCAGACAUGGCCAAGUGACCGAGGGUGGCAAGGCAGCUGGCCCUGUGGCACCAAGAGACGAGUGCCUCUCUCAUGUGGGACCUAGCACAGCCCGCACUCCUGGCAGCUCCUCUUGACAGAGGAGACUUAGCAUCACUCCUGCCGCAGCUACGAUGGUGGCACAGGAAGUUGACAUUGGCAGGAGGCGACGGCAGCUGGAUCUUUGGGGAAGGAGGAAAAACCCUUCCCAGUUGCAAACCGGAGCCUCUCCUUUCUUUUCCUGCCUGCGUAACGGCAGGAAGGAACCAGGUGUUCGAUCUUGGCUUCCUUGCCCAGAUCUACCGUACUUUGCCCUACAGAGAAACACGAUUCCACUGGCGAUUUAUUUAUUUGAAAGACACAGCGAAGGUAAAAGAUAUCCAGAAGUGCAUAAAGGUGGUCUCAUCAUUUGCUUGUUUUUUCAUCCCUCCCUUUGACAGUGAGCUCUAGAGAUGCAAGUGGUGGCGGUGGCCAGACCAGGGGUGGGGUGGGGGGGGGAGACACUGGUGUGCUUUUCACAAACCAUUUUAGAAAGGACUGCUGCAGGGAUGCCAGGUCUCUAGUCUCCCCUUCCCAUGUUAGGUCAUGGAACUAACUCCACAGUCUAUCUAGAGCCAAGCACGGAGGUCCAGGAGUCAAAUCUGGGAAGAUGCAGUGAAAUCUGUGUCUCACAGGAAUCUGGUUGGCUGCUGUGAGAAGAAAAUACUGUCCUCAACAAGCCCUUGGGCCUGAUCCAGCUGCAAGGCUCUUAUAUUUCAAAGAACUGUGGAUAUAUUUUAAAUAAAUAAAUAGAUGAUGAUGAUGAUGAUGAUGAUGAUGAUGAUAGCAGCAGCGGGGCAAAAUGGAAAGAGGUGUGGGAGCUACUGUGUUAGAAGCCAACCAAAUUUCAAACUACCAGUCUUGGGAUGUGCUCACCUGUAUUUUUUGUUAGAGAUUUCAAAGUGCAUGCGUGCAGAAAGUCAGCUAUCCACUUCUGACAAUUAACUAUUGGCUGAAAGCCAAGGCCUGAUCUCUCUCUGCAUGGGGACAAGAGCCUUAGUAACGACCUUCUGAUUAUUGAGUAAGAAGUUCCUAAAAGAAAAAAAAGCUCUGUGUGGUGUUGUGUGGAAAGACUGUUUUUGUAACAGGUGGUUGUGAGAGAGACAGAGAGGAAAGGAUCUGUUUUAUUUCAUUUAUUUUAUGAAGUUUGUACAUAGUAACUUCUGGAUACUGUUUGUCCAAUAAAUACUGUAUAUAGUUA